CUUCAUUGCCAAACCAAGCUGGUUUGGCCUGGUUUUUUUCUCAAUGGGAAAGUCUUCCACUCUGAAAUGCGCACUUGUGCGCUUCUUUGUUCCCUUGUUGCUUAUUGCCAGCUUCUGUUAUGCUCCUUCUGCUAUAGCAACAACUGAAGUUUCAGGGAAUGAAGUGAACACUGAGGAACUGAAAAAAACAAGCCUAGGAGGACAUAAUGAAGAAGAAAAAUUCAAGGGAUUUUUUUUCCCAAAACCAAUUCCAAUUGUUAAGCCUAUACCAAAACCAAUUCCCGUUGUUAAGCCUAUCCCUAUUCCAGUAUAUAAGCCUAUCCCGAAACCAAUUCCCAUUGUUAAGCCAAUUCCUGUAUUUAAGCCUAUCCCUAUUCCAGUGUAUAAGCCUAUACCAAAGCCAAUUCCUGUUGUUAAGCCUAUUCCUAUUCCAGUGUACAAGUCUAUUCCAAAGCCAUUUCCCGUUGUUAAGCCUAUUCCAAAACCAUUUGUAGUGAAAAAACCUAUUCCUGACAUUGAGCCAGAGUCAUUUUUAAAGCCAAAGCCUUUCUUCAAAAAGCCAAUUCCUGUGUAUAAGCCUAUCCCUGUUCCAGUGUAUAAGCCUAUACCAAAGCCAAUUCCUGUUGUUAAGCCUAUUCCUAUUCCAGUGUAUAAGCCUAUUCCAAAGCCAUUUCCCAUUGUUAAGCCUAUUCCAAAACCAUUUGUAGUGAAAAAACCUAUUCCUAACGUUGAGCCAGAGUCAUUUUUAAAGCCAAAGCCUUUCUUCAAAAAGCCUUUUCCUAAACUACCCCUUCACCCCAAAUUCAAGAAACCACUUUUACCACCAUUGCCAAUUCACAAGCCAAUUCCAACUCCAUAAGAUGAUAAGAUCUUCCACCACAUUCUAUUAAACGAAUCAUGCUUAAAAAGUUUACCUUUCCAUUUCUAUAGUCUUUAUAUAUAUAGCCACUACUGUAUCUCGGACAUCAAUUGCGUUAGCAUAAUCCAACUGUGUACCCAUCUUGUGUAUUAUAUUGGAAUAUAUGUAAUUUUUGCUUUCGCUUCAAUAAAGUUCUCAGGAUUGCUCU